AUGCACUAGCCAGUGGUUUGCGAGAACAGGGAAGGGGGCGGAACGUCGGCAAGGGGUCAAGGGGGGCUCAGCAUGCCCCCUCCCUUCCGCAUCGCUGUGCUGGGGGCGCAGGGUGUGGGCAAGACAGCCAUCGUGCAGCGCUUCCUCCACGAUGACUACAGCGAGGCGCCUGUCCCGGCAACCAGCCGUGCCCGCCAGGUCCACCUGUCGGCUGCCGUGCUCAAUGGCCACGUGCACAACUUGCAGAUCACCGACUAUCCUGCAAUCACCAGCUUCCCCUGCAGCUCACUGCAGGAGUGGACAGACACCUGCUGCAGAGGAAUCCGCAGCGCUCACGUCUACAUCCUGGUCUAUGACAUCUGCUGCUUCGACAGCUUCGAAUACGUCAAGACUAUGCGCCAGCAGAUCCUAGAGACCAGGGUGGUGGGCACAGGCGACACACCCAUCCUGAUUGUGGGAAACAAACGGGACCUGCAGUGGGGGCGUGUCUUCCCCCGCCAUAACGUGUCCGACCUGGUUAGGAAGAACUGGAAGUGCGGCUACGUGGAGUGUUCAGCUAAGUACAACUGGCACGUGCUGCUGCUGUUCGGGGAGGCUAUGCGCAGUGUGGUCUGUGCCCGCUGCAAACACGUCCAUGCCACCAUUCGCUUUCAACGGGCACUGAGGAACGAACGCUGCGCCCUCAUGUGAUUUACUCAGUGACGAGGGACGGGCGCCGGAGUGGCAUUGAGGGCCAUUGGUACAGAAAACCUCAUUAGGAACAGCU